CAUCGCUUCGACAGACCUAAAAGGCAUCGACAGGCCUGAUGGCGACCCGAUUUAGUGCUUCGCGGUAUACUCGUUUCGCGGACUCAUCGCAAGACUGAGCCAAGCCAAGCCCAGUCCAGAUUCUCGCUCGCCCCGUAUCGGCGGCGUCCUUGCAAAGGAUCGCCGGUCAGAGCAAUUUGGUAGUUUCAACUGCAAGCCAAUCAAGCCUGCAAUACACUCGCAGCGAUUUGCCUGUGCUUGCCGCCGCCAUGGCACCAUCACACUUUUCAGCCAUCGGCAAGGACCAUCUUGCCGCCGCCACUUCGUCGUCCAGCGCUGUGUCGAUGCCCAAGACGCUGGACAAAUCGAGCAAGGAUGCGAUACAGAAGAUUCGAUCCGCUCUCCUUUCGGAAGCUGGCAUAUCGCUGCAGCCGGCACUGGAAGCGAUUGCAGCACUCUUGGCUGAUCCGUCCCUGACCCAGCCUAGCGAAGGCCGGUCUGGAUCCGCCGAGACGCCACGAGGAAGGUCUGAUAGCGACAAGGAUAAGGAUGGCAGCAAGGGUCGGGACUCUGGCAAGGAAGGCACCCCAGGCAACCACUCAACAGCACCACCUGCUACACUUUGGCGGGGGCAAGUUAGCCAGCGCGUGCAUGAACAUUUGACCGACAUCUUUGUCGAUGAGAUGGACCAGGAUAGUGUACCUCGGCUGGCCGCACUUGUCGAGAUACUUCAUCGCCUUGGCCCACUCCUCACGCCGUCUGUCAUUGUGACUGACUGGUGGGACCUGUUGCUUCGCCCCGUUCUCAAGAAUGUCUCUGUGACUUCCAUGACGGCAUCAAAAGCAAGGGACCUCGUAUUCCGAGCCAUGGCCAGCGCAGCGUCGUCCGCCUAUGUUGACGAGUCCCCGCCUGUUGCUGUUUGGCCGGCCGUGGAUGAGCACGGUACUACUGUACGCAAGGCCGGCGAUGCGCUUUACACAAUGGCAGCCACGACCGUCCCACAGUCUCCAUCACAUCGAUCCGCCAGAAGUGGGAGCACGGCAUCCUCGUCUGUCUUCUCUUCGAGCGGUAUCGCAGGGUCAUCAAAGGCGCUGGGUGUCAAGGAGGACAUGUUUAAGCGCUUUGCGCAUCGAAUCUUUGAUCUCUACACAUCCGAGGUCAUGUAUGCAUUCGAUGGGUCACGCGAGGAGGACGAUCAAAAGGACGCCGAGGGCGCCGAGGAGGACGAGCAGACGAGAGCUACCGCUGUUGCUGCAGCUACCGCAUCAAGCUCGCCUUCCAAUUUGCACAUCCGAACAGACCAUUCCUGUACGAGGCUGCACCAACGCGACAGCAAUGGGUCUCGCGCACCAUUGUCACCCAAUGUCGACGCAUCGAGCGCUCGCAACAAACUCAACGCACAGAUUUCAGCCGUUUGGAAAUGCAACAUGGAGGCCCUCCUACUCUCUUUCGGAAGCGCUGAACCCAAGCGAUUCUUCCAUCACAUGGCAGAGUCGUUUCGCGAGGGUCCAGCUCGUAUAUGCCUGCUUGUCUUGCUAGCAACGUUUCUGAGGCAGCAUUCCAUUCACAUCUAUCACAUCACCAGCACCGCACUGCCCAAGCAGAUACUCCUCUCCUUGCAGCUCGACACCUCAUCGACUGUUGUUUCCCUCGGCAUCACAGUGUUGGUAAUGAUGAUGCCACAUAUCCCCGACUGGAUUGCGAAUGGCGGUGCAGGGGGCUUGCCGACUUUCCUGAGCAUCUUUUCGCGCAUUCUGGAUUGGAGGAAGCUGGAUAUCGGAUGGGAGCAUCAAGCCGGCGACGGGCACGAUGCAGAGAGACAUGUGAAGGAUGAAGGGUUUGCCGAGGUCAAUCGGCUUGCCAAGCGGCUGAACAUUCGCUCAGAUAUUGAAUGGCAGCGAGUCGUUGACAAAGGUCCAGCCAUCCCUCCAGACCCGAUGCAGUUCUUCACCUUCCUCUACGGACUCUUUCCCUGCAACACCAUUCGAUUCCUACGAGCCCCCAUUGCCUACCUACGCAAGGCAUGCUAUGAAAGCCCAUUCGAGGGCGAUUGGGAGAACAUCAUUGACGAGCGAGCCAUCCAGAUGCGUGCAAGCACCAUCCUCCGCAGUCAUGCCCUGCACCCGGCUCUCAUAACGCUGAAUUCAGAGAAAGAAGUGCAAGACAAGCAGCGAUGGAUGCGUCUCGAAGCUGCAGAUAUCACCGCAGAGUGUAUCAGCCUCUACCUUGGCGCCUGGCACGAUCCAGCAACACCGGCGAUGUUGAUAAGCCCUAGUCAUGACAGUGCACUUUUGCCCAGCUUACAAGGCGGGAUUCCGAUGCAGUCCUCUAGCAGCGGCGUGGGCGAGCGGAAUUUGGACCACUCGUUGUCUUUGGCUGGAUCUUUGAACCCGAGCGAAGAGCUCCUCGAGCGGCCCAUCAUUCCCCCACUGGAUCUUGAAGGCGAAAGGACGCCAAGUCUGGGUUCAACGCGUUUAGCCAUGUCGAUUGCGCCUACGCCAGGGUCCAUGCCCCUCGCCACACAUAGAAGGGGCAGCUCAGCCAACAUGUCGACAGGGUCAGCUUCGUCUGCGCCACGCCCAACCAGCUCGGUGGCCACGCGAACAGCAGUGAACGCGGAUGACAUCCUUGCGACCUACGCUUCGCUCAACAGAGGUGAUCAGGUUGUCACUUCGCAGCGCGUAUCGCAAGCUGAGCACUAUGGUAUUCCUGUUGCAACUCCCGGUUUGAUGAGCCGCAGUACCACAUGGGCUCCAGACGCCAGCAGCGAAGUUGUCUUCCCACCGAGCGUUGUGGGUCCCCGGAGUGGCUCUGCAAGUCGGGCUGGAAUGAUGUCGGGCAUUCCACCGCCCAUUGGCCAAGGGCCGCAAGGCCGCUUCAGGUUCCCUGCUGCUGCUUCAACGGUGCUCGGCACUCUCGCCGGAGUGCAAACCGGUAGCGCUCAGGACGCCAGUGCUAGCGACCCCGCAUCGCCCGCAGUACAUGAUUUUGCAAGCUCUCGAUUCGAUCGUGGCCAUACGGGCUCAUGGAGGAGCAUGUCUCGAGCGCCUCCUCCCGAAGUAGCAAGAGGCCGAUCUUCUCGCACGUCGUCUCCCACUCGUGACGGCGGAUCGUUGAACCGUCACUCACUUGUGGCAUCUUUGAGCAACUCUACACGCUUCACCGACUCUUCUGGACAGUCGCGGCCCGCUCGAGCGGAAGUGUACUCGGAGCUGAUGGCCUUGCAGCGCGAGAAUCUGCUGAUGCGAAAUGAGCUCAACUUUGAGCUCUACCUCAAAGAGCAGCAUCUGCGACAUAUCGGCCGGCUUCACCGUGAGCGCAUCAACGACACGGCUCUCGAGGCCGAGCGUCAGAAUCUGUACUACACGGUCCGGUCUUUGCGCGCACAGCUCGCCAACUUGACAGUACGUACCGAGAAGCAACGUACUGAAGCAGCAACAAUCAAAUCACGUCAUCUGAAUUGGGAGAACGAGCAGAACUCGAGACUCAAAUCGUUCAGAGAUGAGCGAAAGGCAUGGAUCGCCGAGAUGCAGAAUCUGCGUGCGCAGCUUGAGGAGGCCACGGCGACCAUUAAAGCGCAAGAUGACCAGAUGCAAGAAGCGCUGAAUGCGCGUUUCGAGGUUGAAGCUCGCCUUACGAUCGCAGAGCCCAAGCUCUUGAAGGUCGAGGAGUAUCACAAUAAAGUCCAACAGCUCAGCUCGGCGCUGGCGCACUGGGAGAGCGACAUUCAGAAGUACGAGGAGCAGAGGCGUGAAAUGGAGGUGAUGCUGGGUCGAUGGAGGGAGAUGGAGCUCGUCCUCGAAAGCAUGGAUCGUCAAGUCGCUGAUUCAGAACAACGGGAGGCAGAUGCAGAGGAUCGGGCAGAGCAAUUACACAUCCAGCUGCAGCGGGCGUGCGCUCAUGCACGUGCCAGCGCGAGCGACUACCCAUCAUAUUCACAAUUGUCUUCUGGCUUGCCUGCGGCGCCAACUCUGGUUGGGAAAGCAACGUCGAAGCAAAUUCAAGAGUACGUCAAGCGCAAUGAGGCGCUCGAGGCCGAAUGCUCCGAGCUGCGGGCGAGGCUUGGCGAAGCGCGCGCUGCCGCGGACUACAUCAGGUACAAGGAACAGCACGGGCAAAGCGAAGGAACAACAACGGAGGCAGCCGACGAUUCGGAUGUGCCAAACGUCCAUCUGUCACAAUAGCAGAGCAUCAAAAUACGUUGAAAUAGCCUCUGUUGUGU